AUGCCUGCCCUGACUGUCACGCAGCCUGCCCUGACUGUCACGCGGCCUGCCCUGACUGUCACGCGGCCUGCCCUGACUGUCACGCGGCCUGCCCUGACUGUCACGCGGCCUGCCCUGACUGUCACGCGGCCUGCCCUGACUGUCACGCGGCCUGCCCUGACUGUCACGCGGCCUGCCCUGACUGAACAACUCACACCGGAACAGGAACAACUCACACCGGAACAGGAACAACUCACACCGGAACAGGAACAACUCACACCGGAACAGGAACAACUCACACCGGAACAGGAACAACUCACACCGGAACAGGAACAACUCACACAGGAACAGGAACAACUCACACAGGAACAGGAACAACUCACACCGGAACAGGAACAACUCACACAGGAACAGGAACAACUCACACCGGAACAGGAACAACUCACACCGGAACAGGAACAACUCACACCGGAACAGGAACAACUCACACAGGAACAGGAACAACUCACACCAGGGGAGAAAAUGUACAAAGCGAAGGGAGGCUGUGAGUUGUCUGUUCCUGUGGAGUUGUUCCUGUUCCGGGUAGUGUUCGUUCAGUGUGAGUUGUUCUGUUCCGUUUUCCUGUCCGUGUGUGAGUUGUUCCUGUUCCUGUGUGAGUUGUUCCUGUUCCGCUGUGGACUCUCUGGGUACCUCCAGGUCUCCAGGACUCUCUCCGGUGCCUCCAGGUCUCUAGGACUCUCUGGAUCUCUGGUGCCUCCAGUCUCUAGGACUCUCUGGUGCCUCCAGGACUCUCUGGUCCCUCAGCUCUCUAGACUCUCUGGUGCCUCCAGCGAACUAGGGACUCUUGGUCACUAUGACUCUCUGGGUGCCUGCAGGUCACUAGGACUCUCUGGUGCCCUGCAGGUCACUAUGACUCCUGGUGCAUCCACGUCUCUAGGACUUUGGUUCUCUAAGGACUCUCUGGUGCCUCCAGGUCGUGUCUUAGGACUCUCUGGUCUCCAGGACUCUCUGGUGCCAUCCAGGUCUCUAGGACUCUCUGGUGCCUCCAGGGUCUCUAGGACUAUCUCGGUGCUCCUCCACGUCACUGAGGAACUCUCUGGUGGCCUCCAGGACUCUCUGGUGCCUCCAGGUUACUACGGACUCUCUGGUCACUAUGACUCUCUGGUGCCUGCAGGUCACUAUGACUGCGGUGCAUCCACGUCUCUAGGACUUCCUCUGGACUCUCUGGUGCUCCAGGUCACUAUGACUCUCUGGUGCCUGCAGGUCACUAUGACUCGCUGGUGCAUCCACGUCUCUAGGACUCUCUGGUGCCUCCACGUCUCUAGUACUCUGUGUUACCUCCAGGUCUAUGGGACUCGCUGGUGCCUCCACGUCUCUAGGACUCUCUGUUGCCUCCACGACUCCAGGACUCCUGGUGCCUCCACGUCUCUGGACUCUCUGGUCAUAGACUCUCUGGUGCCUCCAGGUCUCUAUGAUCUCUGGUCUAUUGGGACUCGCUGGUGCCUCCACGUCUCUAGGACUCUCUGUUGCCUCCACGACUCUAGGACUCCUCUGUUUGCCUCCAUGAUCUUAGGACUCUCUGGUUGCCUCACGUCUCUAGGACUCUCUGGUGCCUCCAGGUCACUAGGACUCUUGGACUCUCUGGUGCCUCCCAGGUCACUAGACUCUCUGGUGCCUCCAGGUCUCUAUGACUCUCUGGUCUACGGGACUCGCGGUGCCUCCACGUCUCUAGACUCUCUGCUGCCUCAGGUCACUAGGACUCUCGGUGCCUCCAGGGUCUCUAUGAAACUCUUCUGGUACCUCCAGGUCUAUGGACUCGUCACUAUGACUCUCUGGUACCUGCAGGACUCUCUGGUGCCCUCCACGUCUCUAGACUCUCUGGUGCCUCCAGGAUCUCUGGUGCCUCCAGUCUCCAGGACUCUCUGGUGCCUCCAGGUCUCUAGGACUUCUGGUCCCUCCAGCUCUCUAGGACUCUCUGGGCCUCCAGGUCUCCAGGACUCUCUGGUGCCUCCAGGUCUCCAGGACUCUCUGGUGCCUCCAGGUCUCCAGGACUCUCUGGUGCCUCCAGGUCUCCAGGACUCUCUGGUGCCUCCAGGUCUCAAGGACUUCUCUGGUGCCUCCAGGUCAUAUGACUCUCUGGUGCCUCACGACUCUGGACUCUGGUCUCUAGGACUCUCUGGGGCCUCCAUGUCUCUAGACCUCUCUGUUGCCUCCAGGUCUCUAGACCUCUCUGUUGCCUCCACAUCUCUAGGACUCUCGUCGGUCCUCUCAGGCCUCUCUAUGUGGCUCUCUGCCACGUCUCUAGCACUCUCUGGUGCCUCCAGGUCACUAGGACUCACUGGUACCUCCACAUCUCUAGGACUCUCUGGUGCCUCCAAGUCACUAGGACUCACUGGUACCUCCACGUCUCUAGGACUUUCUGGUGCCUACAGGUCUCUAGACCUCUCUGGUGCCUCCAGGUCUCUAGGACUCUCUGGUGCUUCGAAGUCUCUAGCACUCGUCUUUAAAGACGGUUUCGAACACAACAAGUGGAAGGCUAUCCAUUCUGUGAGCUGGCACCAUGAAGGGAAGCAGUUCAUGUGUAGUCACUCAGACGGCAGCCUGACUAUGUGGAACCUGAGGAACACAGCCAGGCCUAUUCAGAUCACAUAUCCUCAUGGGAAGAUACUGAAGGAAGGGAGGAAGGAGUCGUGUAAGCCCAUCCUCAAGGUGGAAUACAAGACCUCCAGAAACAGUGAGCCCUACGUCAUUUUCUCUGGGGGUCUGUCGUAUGACAAGGCUGGGGGACGGAGACCCACCUUGACCAUCAUGCAUGGCAAGGCCAUCACGGUGCUGGAGAUGGACCACCCUAUCGUAGAGUUCCUGGUGCUCUGUGACACCCCAUACUCCAACGAGAUCCAGGAUCCCUAUGCAGUGGUGCUGCUCCUAGAAAAAGACUUAAUCAUGGUUGAUCUGACACAGAGCAAUUUCCCCAUCUUUGAGAACCCAUACCCCAUGGAUAUCCACGAGUCUCCUGUCACCUGUACGGCCUACUUCGCCGAGUGCCCCCCGGACAUCAUCCCAGUCCUCUACUCCGUAGGAGCCAAGCAGAAGAAGACUGGCUACAGCCACAAGGAGUGGCCAGUGAGUGGCGGUACGUGGACAUUAGGCUCACAGACCUACCCAGAGGUAAUCGUCACAGGACACGCAGACGGAACCGUAAAGUUUUGGGACGCCUCUGCUAUUACUCUCCAGAUGCUGUACAAGCUGAAGACGUCUAAGGUGUUUGAGAACCCCAAUGCGGGUGAAGGCCGGGCAGUCGAGCUGGUAGAGGAGGACCCUUACGCCAUUCAGAUGGUCAGCUGGUGCCCGCAGAGCCGUCUCUUCUGUGUGGUGGGCAUCUCUGCCCACGUCAUCCUCUACCGCUUCAGCAAACACGACGCCAACACAGAGAUAGUGUCACUAGAAGUGCGUCCGCAGUUUGAUUCGGAGGACGUCAUCUCCCCAUCAGAGAUAGAGAACAACCCGUGUUUCUCGGACACCAGUUCCCACUCCUCCCAGAUGCCCGGUAGCCCCGGCAACGGCUCACAAGACAGCCUCCACUACCUCAAGGUGAAGAGUCGUCCAGUGCAGAUGCCCCCGGGAUACCAGGCUGAGUUGGUGGUUCAGCUGCAGUGGGUGGAUAGAGAGCCCCCCCAGCAGAUCACCAGCCUGGACAUCAACUCUGCCUAUGGCCUUCUAGCGUUUGGGAGCAGCAAUGGCCUAGUGGUGGUGGACUACAUUCAGAAGACCAUCCUGAGGCGUGUGAGCACGUUGGACCUGUACGGCGCCGCUGACCCUUUCCAACGUCUCACACGCUCCCCACGCAAGAACAGACAGUCCACCUCAGACUUUUGCAUGCGCAGCCUGUCUCAUUUUUAUUCAGAUUCAAAGAAAAGGAACCGUAAGUCCUAUCAGAGCCUAACGGAACUGUCCGACAACCAGGUGGCCAUGGACAUGGAGAGAAGCAAGUCGCCCACCUCAGAUCAUGUCAAUGGACAUUGCACUAGCCCCACCUCGCAGCCAUGCUCCGUGGGGAAGUCUCGCAUUCCAGGGGCUCCUGAGGGCCCGCGGCUCACCCGGAGAGGGCCCGGCCGACCACCCUUCCGCAAGGCCCAGUCCGCCGCUUGCAUGGAGAUCUCUUUGCCUGUUCCCUCCAUCACGGAAGAAAGCAGAGAGAAUUCUUUCGGCCGUUCGCGGAGCUCCAGUGUGUCCAGCAUCGACCGCGACACCAAGGAAGCGGUGACCACGCUGCAGUUCGGAGAGUCCUACGGUCGUAAAGGUGACUCCCUGCCCGCCGCCUGCCUGUGGGUGGGCACCAGCCUGGGCGUGGUCCUCCUACUGCCCAUAUCCAUCCCCACAGAGAGGGAGAGGCUGGAGGAGCCUGUCACCAUGGGGCCCAGCGGUACCGUCCUGAUGCUGAAGGGCUCAGUGCUAUGCUUUUCCUUCCUGAACUGUGGGGGCACUCUUAUCCAAAGUCCCUACGAGGUAUGGCGGGAACCCAACGUCCCCGAGGACCCCGACGAGCCCCGCAGGCGCAAGCUAGUCAACUUAUCCCCGCUGUCUUCCCAGGAGGCAUGUGGGGACGGUCACCUGACCGUGGUGUGUUCUGAGAAACAGGCCAAGGUCAUCCUCAUGCCUACCCAGGCUGUCCUGUUCACACACAACGUCACAGAGUCUUCCUUCCUCCUGCGGGCUGACGUCGUCUCUGUCUGCAACAGCGUCUGCCUGGCCUGCUUCUGCGCCAACGGACACGUCAUGACCCUCAGUUUGCCCAGUCUUAGACUCCUAAUGGAUACUAACUACCUUCCCCUGACGGACGUGCGUAUCGCCCGCACCUUCGUCUUCACCAACGGCGGUCAGGCUCUGUACCUGACCUCUCCUACAGAGAUACAGCGCAUCGCAUACAGCCAAGAGAUGACGGACAACCUGCAGGACAUGCUGGGUGAGCUGUUCACUCCUAUAGAAACACCAGAGGCCCAGAACAAAGGAUUCCUCAAGGGCUUCUUCGGGGGCAAUACCCAGACCUUCGACAGAGAAGAGCUGUUUGGGGAGGCAGCAGCAGGUAAGGCCUCUCGGAGCCUGGCCCAGCACAUCCCUGGUCCAAUGCGAUUGGAGAACGUGAGGGCUGCAGCCGGCGGGGUGGUGGGGGACCUGGCCCGAGCCCGCAUCGCCUUGGAGCAGAGAGGAGAGAGACUGGGAGAGCUGGAGGAACGCACCACCCUCAUGUUGAAAAGCGCAGAGACGUUCUCCACACACGCCCACCAGGUAAUGCUGAAACACAAGGACAAGAAAUGGUAUCAACUUUAA